AUGACUUCUAGGCAGCAUAUGCCCCUGUUGUUCAACCCGUUUCUGAACGCAGUGUUCAACCAUCCCAACCCGUCUGCAUCGCCGUUGAAGAAUGUCAUGAAAGUGCUGAGUGCACAUCCGGAGGAUUAUGCUUUGUUGGUACCAGAAAGUGAAAGUUUAUGGCUGAAUAUAGAGGAGGGAUCGGGAAUACCAUAUAGAGACUUCUGCCACCAUACGGAGUUCGUGGAAGCCCAUGUGAUUAGUCUGAAAGGAGUUCAACCGGGGAAAUCGAACAGGCGGUUCAGAACACUUAGUGGACGCGAGGUGUCUAUAUACGAUGACGAGGUCAUUGGAAUGAAGGGAUUCCAGCAUGGAGUGGUAGCCAAGAUUGCAUCUAAGGAGCUCUUCAGAAGCUUUUGUUCAUAUUUGCCAUUUGGAUCUAGAUUCCAGCUAUUUUACAUAAACAGACCGCUAGUUGGAAAUCCAAUACCGAAAGGUGUGCCAAGGACAACCCCACCUGGGCUGGAGAAUGCGGAUUCCAUCAAAGAGAGCCCCCCACACCAUUUUGGCCAGACCCAUCAAACUGACAAUGAGGAUGUCAAGUCGCUGGUCAGCGUCUUGCGAGAAUCACCAACUUUGUCGCAGGAAAUAAACACGAAGUUCAAGGACUUAUUUCACGAUUUCAACGUGCGAAAUGUCGAACAUGAAGACCAACUUGCCGACGCUUUCAACCACACUAUGAAAGCCGGGGUCGCUAUCUUCAACCAGGCUACUUUGAAUGCCGACGAGAUUGACAAAUUCUUUACUGACUUUUCAAAAGCGCAUCCUUUGCUGGACAUUAACGAGUGUUUCUACACUUAUAUUGAAAUGAACAUCUACGACAAGAUCUGGCCGCAGUUUAGAAGGGUCAGAAACGAGCAUAACAGAGACCACGAUGACAUGUUGAAUUCAAGCUACGAAAAUCUUAACAGUAUGAGUCUUAAUCAGGUUGGGAUCCCUGAUUAUAGUGCCAAAACUGCCCCUUUUACAGAGAAAAAGAUACUGCAGGCAAUAAACGAGUUCAAACAACUGCAGUUUGCAGACUGCGCCUGUGAAAAAAGAUCAAUCCUGAUGUCUACUUUCCGGGCUCUUACUUCUGAGAGCUCAGAAUCGCCGUUGGUGGUGGAUGCAGAUACUUUGGUUGGACUGUUAAUCAUGGUGAUUGUACAUUCCCAGGUCAAGGAUCUCCACAAACACUUGGCCUACAUCAAAGAAUUCUCAUUUGUGGUGGAGGAUCUAGAAUCGGGAGUAGAUGGAUACGUUAUCUCAACCUUUGAGGCAGUCCUGGGUUAUUUGAGCGACAGCCAGAACUUGAAGAAGCUGAUAUCCCAUUCCAAGGAGAACGCAGAGUUAUGGGGUCUGAUCAAAGCAGCAUCUGCUGAUCAAAAUGUCAAUAAUGAUGCUAACGAUUCGUCGCAUGACAACGAAAUAGCUAGUCAGAUAGAAAAGCUACUAUUGCCAUUUGAGAAUGGAAAUGUUACUACGGAUUCCUUCAUCCGGGCUCGUACCCUCCAGGGUGAGUCUUGCUUGAUGCUGGCAGUACAACAGAAUAACAGGCUUAUUUUUGAGACACUGAUCAAGUUUGAGAAUGUCUUCACCGUGGAUGAUGUUUUAGAGGACAGAAACAUCUUCAAUACGAAUCUGUUGAUGGCUGCACUACAGUGGAAAAAUAAUGAAGUGAUUGACGAGCUUGCCGACAUCUUACUGCAAGCCACUGAUGAAGAAAAAGUGGAGUUUUGCUCCACGCAAGAUACACAUAAGCGGAAUUUGGGCCACUAUCUCAUCCACAGACAUGAGCUGGUGGAGGAGUUGGGUACCUACAUUGAUUGGACUGCGACAGAUACCAAUAAACAAAGUCCUUUCUUUGCAAUCACACGGUGCUAUGAUCAUCCCUUUUACUUUGAACUCCUACGGGCCACAAUAGAAUCGGUGAAGGCAUGGUACGACCUUCAUGGUCGGAGAUUCGAUUACCGAGACCACGUGGAUCUGAAAGGGAACACCAUUCUUCAUGCCCUUAAAGACGGAAAGGUUCUUGAAUUGGUUCUGAAGGUGUUUGAGUUUGUAGACGUCAAUGCACUGAACUCGCUCAAGUUGACCCCACUGAUGGUGUAUGUGAAAUACAGUCGUUUGGAGAAUAUCAAGGUUUUGCUCGGAGACUCCAAACUGGACAUUAACCGAUACGACAAUAAGUAUUGUCUCACUGCUGCUGAUUAUGUCAAGAUUGAUAAGGGGAAACUAAUAUCGGAUGUUGACCAAAAAACCACAAACGAAAAGAUUGAGGAACUACUUGACUACACGUUCUUGAAGGAGAACAUGCCCUGGAAUCAACCUGGGGCCUUUGGUACUGUAAGAAUGAAGUACGAUUCCAACCACGAGCUAUGUCUUUUUUUGAAAAGAAUUUCCUCCAAUAGCGAAGCCCAUAUUUUGGACUCAGCAUGGCACAAUUUCUACGAUUUCAAGAAGACCUUGAGGCUGAUCAAACUUGAAUAUCCUUUCACCUUCUUUGGAAGCUCGAAUGAAUGGUUUCCCAAAGUGCUGGAUGCAACGCAAAAACCCAACAUAAACUACUCUGCUCGCUUCAAACUGAAUUAUCACCAGGAAUGCAUCAACACCAUUACCUGUUUCCUUCUGUUCAACCCCAGCACCGCUCAGAGUGCAACUUUGCGAGAGUUUCUUCUUACCUCAGGUCCAAUCAACGAGGCAGAACACAUGAAAAGACUGAAUUUGGCACGGAAAAAGCAGGCUGAAUUGUUGCUAUCGGAUAAGGCUGAUCACACCAAGCUUCUGAAGCCAGACAGUUUGGGAGACAUUCAAACUUUCAUGAAAUACUCUCUGAAUGAAAUUCUCAGCUUCAAGACGGUGUUUGAGAGGAUUUACCGUAGCCUGGUGUUCUAUGAAACGAAGGCUCGCGAUCUUUCAACUUUGAGAGGCCGGAUGCUAAGUUUCGCCUCAGGCGAUCCGUCCUCUGGAGACGUAUUGUCUCAUCUUGACAAGCUGCCGGUCCAGUUUUUAGCAAGCCUGCAGGAUACUUUGAAUGUGGUUUCUGAUUGGGAAGGAACCUCCCUCUGCUCGCAAGAUAAGUUGUCAAUAUAUGUUUAUUAUCUUGCAAUAGCCACCACCGAAUUGGUAUCGUCUAUUGAGCAUUUCAUCAACACCCACGUCAGCCGUUGGUGGGAUGUUUACAGUGAAUUACUGGGUUUGAACGAGGAAUUAUCGAGGUUAAAACAGAUAGACGAGAAGGCACGGAGCAAAAAGCCGACUGGCGAAGAUUCCAAUGGAUCUGCGUCCGAAAAUGAUACAUCGCUGAGUCCCCUAUCUUCGAUAUCUUCAUUGAUUGGAUAUAUGUCGGGGUCAACUGUCAACGAUGUAUCUGGAGAUGGUACCGUGAUUUCACAAGUUAGCACAGAGGCCAUGGUCCCAAAGAAAACUAGUGAUCCCUUGAGUGGAAGCUUUUUGGCAGAAAUCAUAGCUGGUCGCCGACAGAAGCACUCCAAAAGAGUCAUGGAAAAGCUCGAGGCUCUCCAGAGUGAAUUGGCGGUCCUGAGUCCGGAAAUUAAACACACUCACGAGAGUCUUGCGGUCGAGAUCAGCAACUAUUACAUUCUGAAGCAAAACGUGAUGAAGCUGAUGCUGCAGCAACACGCAAGACAGAAAUUGCGGGAUCUCAGGUUCAAAAACUUAGCAUUACAAAAAGGGUUUGAGGAUUUUAAGAGAAGUUUUAUAUAG